AGAGAGAGAGAGAGAGAGAGAGAGGGAAUUGUCUCGACAAAUGUGGUGAGAGGAUCAUCAAGGUUCUCGCCUACUUUUCUUUUGUUGGUUAGUUUUUUUUCGAGACAUAAUCUUGAAAAAGGUUUAACCAACAAGAGGACCUUAAUGAUCCUUUCACUAUAUUUGUCGUGACAGCUUUUUUUUUAGAUUCUUCAAAUUUUAUUUUGCCAAAUCGAUAUCUCAUAGAUCGAUAAUGACAUUGUUAGCGGAUUAGAGUGGAGUUUAAAAGUUCAGAUGGACACUGGAACUUUCAAACUAUGGACGUGCAACAAAAAUCUCUUGGUCUUACUUGUUGAGAUAGAAGGAUUACUAUGGACAACAUCUUGCAUGAGAGACUUGAGAGUUUUUUUUUUGCUAAAUGGUAAAUAUCAUUUCAGAAAUGAAUUGCUGAAGCUUACAAUAUGUGAUAAACAAACUAUAAGACCUCUAAAAACAUACUUCCAUGGCAAAAAACAAUAAAAGCGGGAAGCAGAAUCAAUCGAAUUUGAAACCGUUCUACUUUGGAGCGAAAAUGACAUCAAAUAUUGAUACAAACUUGUAGUAACCGGAAAGAAGAUUUAGCCGAGACAAACAUGAAAAGAGAGAUCUAAGAAACUAGAACACGAAGAGAACGAUGUUAGUGGGAAGUAGAUUCAAUAGCUGCCUGCACAAAUUGCUUUUCUCCGAAAAUCAGAAACAGACCUGUUCAAGGACUGUCCUUUAGGUCCGGGCUGGGAAAGAACUAAACCCGGAUUCCAGCAACAGACGGGACAACACACACUACGGAGACUUGAGAGUCUUUUUGGUAUUUUUUGAGACAGAUUGCUCGGAUCUAAUGAAUAUGACUACAACCUUGAUAGAUUAGCCAGCUUUUUACUUCAAAAAUAUGAGGGUGGGACUCACUAGCGAAAGAAAGUAGGAUUAAAUGCGUUCUUUUUCAUAUAGACUAGACACGAUCGGAUUGAAAUGCUCUGUUGAGAAACGUCACUUCUAACCAGAAUUUGGUUUAAAAGAUGGACCCGAGACAAAAAAAUUAGACCAAACCCCCUUAUGUCUGGUUUAUUAGACAAAAGCCCUAAAGAGUCAACUAAACCUUCCAAACUCUAAACAGAAACACUUGACAACAAAACCAAACCAGCUCAGGUCCACUUGACAGAGAAUCUCCCACAUCACAUCAAUGUCUCUUCCUCUUCGUCAGCACUGCCUAACCCCCACAAAAUCUCAUCUUUCUCCCCAAAACGCCCUCCCUCGCCGGAGUUUCCUCAAGCUCUCCGACCGUCGUCAUACUCAAACUCCCCCUCCACCGCAGCUCACCAUCAAAGACCAGAAACCCAUUUCUCACAAUCGCUCUCUCUACUCACCUUCACUCGUCAGAUGCAGCACAGACCACGACGAACCUCAGUCACCGCACGACGAAAAGAUCCAAACUUUACAGAAACCCAAGAACGGAAAGAGCUUCUGGGCCGCCGUUAGUCUGAUCAUCGGAACCGCCGUGGGCCCGGGAAUGCUCGGCCUCCCAGCUGCAACCAUCAGAUCCGGUUCGAUCCCAUCUACCAUAGCUUUACUCUGUUCUUGGGUCUACGUCAUCUCCUCUAUCCUCCUCGUGGCUGAGCUCAGCUUCGCAGCUAUGAGAGAAGACAAUGCGUCAGAGGUCAGCUUCACGGGCCUUGCAACUAAAUCAUUUGGAGAUAAGUUCGGAGUCUUUGUUGCUUUUGUCUAUGCUUCGCUGAGUUUUGCUUUGAUGGUUGCUUGCGUGUCUGGGAUUGGCUCUAUUGUCUCUCAAUGGUUUCCUACAAUGAAUCCGUUAUUAGCCAAUGCUAUCUUCCCUCUAGUCUCCGGAGUCUUGAUCGGUUUCUUCCCGUUCAAUGCCAUUGACGUCGCCAACAGGUGUCUCUGCUUCCUCAUGUUGUUCUCUAUAACUUCCCUCGUUGCUAUAGGUUUGUCCGUGGCUCGGUCCAACGUGUUGGCUUCCUUUGGUCAGUCUUGUUGGAAGGUUUCGGCGGUUUUGCCUGCGGUUCCCGUUAUGGUGCUGACGCUGGGGUUUCAUGUCAUCACUCCUUUUAUAUGCAACCUUGCUGGGGACUCGGUUUCGGAUGCUCGGAGAGCUGUUCUUGUGGGCGGUGUUGUGCCGUUUGUUAUGGUGUUGUCGUGGAACCUCAUUGUUUUGGGGCUUGCUAGGAUCAAAGUCCCUGUGGGUUCUUCUUCAGCCAUUGACCCUAUCUCGCUUCUUCUGUCUGUGAACCCUUCUGCUUUAUCUGCUGUUCAGGGUUUUGCUUUCUCGGCGUUAGCCACUAGUUUGAUCGGAUACGCUGUUAGCUUCCCUAAACAGCUUCUUGAUACAUGGAGGCUUGUGUCUAAGCAGUCAAGUGGAACUAAUGGGAGAGGUCGUGAUGGAUUUGAAGCGGUAGUGAUGCUGUUUGUGCUUGGAGUUCCAGCUCUGAUUGCAACGUACUUUCCUUCAACGUUUUCGAGGGCUUUGGAUUUUGCAGGUGUUUAUGCGAACUGUUUCCUCUUUGGUGUACUGCCUCCUGCAAUGGCUUAUAUUCAGCAGUCUAGAAAGAAGCUCAGGUCAUGGGUUCUUCCUGGAGGCAACUUUACCUUGUUGGUCUUAUUUGUAAUCGCUGUUAUACUGGGGAUAUGGCAUUAGGGAGUCAUCAAACAGAAAUGGAAGGGAAUCAACUUUAAAAUGAGGGUGCAGUGCUGGGACAGGAAAAUCAUCUGGUCCAUACCUUCCGGUUUCGCCUAGAAAGCAUGUGAAAGCUCCAGCUUCUUUCCGACAUGCUAUCUGCAGAAUCGAGCAAAGAACGAUCAACUAUCAGUCAUAAUGUUCACUUAGUAAGUGAAGAAAUGUUCCACAUGCUAUCUGCAGUUACUGAAGAAAUGGUUCGAACCGGAAUGGAUAACUGAAUCGAAUCAAAAUUUAUAUAUUUAAGGUUAUAAUAUUUUAAAAACCUGGGAUAUUCGAUCCUUGUCCACCCCUACCAAAAAAGGACGAACACACACGAGGAAGAUGAGCUACUGUUAACGUCAGGCGAAUCAAGAGAGUAACUGAAAGAAAGAAAUAUUUCUGCUUACUGAUGUUGCGCCAAGUUGGCAUCAUCUCCUCCACUGAAACCGAAUACAACUAACCGGAUCGGUCUAAGAGAAUGUUACGAAUAACGAGUCGGUUUGAGGGUAAUUUGGGAAUCACAACGCUAAAUAUCUUACCUGGCACGCCUACGUGGAUUCUCUGCCCUCUCUCUCUCUCUCUCUCUUUCUAGCAACCAGGGGGAGAGACAAGGCAUCAAAGCAGGAAAAACAAACAAAAAAAAACAUCCAGAAGAAAAACUCGAGAAAAUUACUUAGUUUCUGCGAAAAUCUGUAGCUUUUCUGGGAAUUUUAUAUUAUUUUCUCUAGGUACUGGGAAAGGAAAAAAAAGCAUUAAGGGGUUUAAGGUCUCUUCUGGUGAAAUUUCGUAUAGAACGUGAAUGUCCUGAUUCUGAAUCUUGGAGAUAGAGACAAACGUUAGUGGAAUAUUAUUCUCUGUGUCUGAUUCAUCUUUGGAUCCAUGGUGGAGAACUUUCCCAGGAUACACAUUUCGAUUAGGUUCUCUUAGAUUUUUUCUAAUGAUUUUUUCCCGUUUGGAAAUCUUCAUUCGGGAACGUUUCUAGAAAAAUCUAAAAAAUAUUUGGCCGUGUAAUAAUGGUACGACAUGCUCUUCUCUAAGCUGCAUUGUGAUUUAUUCGUGUUGCUCAUUGUUUACCUUAUGAUCAGGCUGCUUCAGUAAAGGUAGCUUUGGGGUCGUGCGUCUGGGUAGAAGAUACAGAUGAAGCCUGGCUUGAUGGAGAAGUUGUCGAAGCUAACGACGAUGUGGUCAAAGUCAAAUGCGAAACCAAGACGGUUAGUAGUUCCCUUUUAAAUAAAUGAGAUUUGCUUGGCUCUCAAGCUACAUGAUGAUGAUAGGUAGUAGUGAACAUAAAGUGCUAAUAUUUGUUAUUUAGGUUACGGCAAAGGUAAAUGCUGUCCACCCCAAGGAUCCUGAGUUUCCUGAACUUGGCGUCGAUGACAUGACCAAGCUAGCCUAUUUGCAUGAACCAGGGGUUCUUCUCAAUCUUAAGUCCCGGUACAAUGCAAAUGAAAUUUAUGUAAGCAUGUAACCUUUUCUUUCAUUCCUUUUAUGUUAAUAUUACUGCACAGCUAAGGCUAAUUUGUUAUUCAAAUUGUUAAAGACAUACACAGGGAAUAUACUGAUAGCUGUGAACCCCUUUAAAAGAUUACCCCACCUAUAUGGAAACGAGAUCAUGGAACGGUAUAAAGGCUCAGAUUUUGGCGACUUAAGCCCACAUCCUUUUGCUGUUGCUGAUUCUGCAUACAG